AUCCCAUGGUGUCUAAUGUAUGGUACUCAGACACGGCGCUUUUGCGCCUUGAGUAUGUUAAUGAAAUUGCUUUUGGCAUUGUUGCCCGCUAUACUGUUAUUGGCACCACCGGCGGUACCCAUAGUGGCGCCUCGCAGACAAUCUUUGUCUAGUUCCUUCGGUAAAUUUAAUACUCGCUUAAACUCGGUUCAACAACCCUUGUGCUCAGUGCCGUCCAGUAGACUACGUAAUGAAACCAUUUCAGUAGUCGUACAUUCAUUCUGGCGCCAAGAUUCCAUAUUCAAUACUAGGAUCGAGCUUGUUGGCAAUGAUACAGACACUGGUUUACAGAUCAAGCGUAAGAUUGAGGCUAUAACUGGUGUCCCAAUAUGCUUACAAAAGUUGUAUGCCAGCGAUGGGCCACCUCCCAAUGAUGCAAUGGUGCCUCUAGAGGACAGUGACAGGAUAGGGUACUUCCCAUCAUUAAUACGGCUACGUCACGAUACACAUGGCAAGGAGAUUCACAUCCAGCUGAAGUUACCAGUUCCACUUUUAUAUCGCACCACUUACGACCCGGGGAAGUACCAGGAGUAUUUAUCUGCUGUACAAAGGUACAGCACGCUGCUACGCAAGGCCAAAGAUUCCCGCAGCAACCCGAAACUAAUGCUGGACCCUUUAAGCGUGAUGGAAGAAAAUGUUAUGGACAAUGCUACUGCAGACGACAGCAUCCUUGGAGGUACCAAGUUGGAUAGUGUUACUAAUAUUGGCUAUAACGACACAAUACCAGCGGAUAGUUACUCGUAUAAAUCACGUUUCAUUACACCAAAUCGCAGGAUAUACUUAAAUUUCUUUGAGGAUCUUCCGGAACCUAUGGGCAGCGCCAAAUUGCUCUACUGGUUAAAUCGUCAGCUACCGAUUGACUGGAAUGAGCAUUUGAAGAUCGCGUUUUUUUGUUACUUAAUACGGGAAACAUGUGACAAUGAGGAGUGGGUUAAGCAAUUGUUGUUAUACUCACCUCCUUUAUUUAUAAUAUCAAAGUUCAAGCCUGUUAGGCUAGCUCUGCUUACUCUGUUCCACAUGCUACCGUUGAAUUGGCUACCCCGAGCAAUUACCACCAUAUUCCCUGCGCAUAUAGCGCAGCUCAUGGAGUAGUACUUAUAGUGUCACCAGUACUAAGAAAGUGGUUAACUCUGUAACACAGUGUAGCUAAUUCCACU